AUGAGAGUCACUCUGGAUUUGACAUUCGGACUCGCACUUUUCUCAACCGUCAAUGCUUAUGUAAUUUCUUCUCGCAACGCUGGAACGGACAACGUGCUUCCUUCCCGGAGAAUCGGAGCAGUAAGAGGCAUUUCCUCAUCACCCCGCGCCACUUCUAUCCAGCGUGAUGCAGACGUCGGCCAUGGAGUUCACCGCCGCAAUCCUCAAGGCCUGAUGAUCGGAGGUCUUACUCUCGGUGGACCAGGUGGCGGCAUUACUGGAGAUGGCCUCAACCUUGGUGGCAACGGCAACAAUGGAAACGGCACUGCGAUGGAUGCGGGAAUGAAGGGCAAGAAGCCUAAGAAAGGUAAGGGAAUGAUGGGCGAUAAAGGAAUGCCACCGAUGCCACCGGGGCCACCGGGAUGCGCCGCUCCGCCGCCCCCUGCUGGAGGAGGCUCAGCUGCUGGAGGAAGCUCAGCUGCUGGAGGAGACUCAUCUGCUGGAGGAGGCUCAGCUUCUGGAGGAGACUCAUCUGCUGGAGGAGACUCAUCUGCUGGAGGAGACUCAUCUGCUGGAGGAGACUCAUCUGCUGAGUCCGAGCAGUUCUCUGAAGAGUCCGGUAUCAGCCUUGGCAAGUCUGGCGAAGCUGCGAACCUUGGCGGAAACCUAGGAAUCACAAAAGGCUCUGAUGGUAACAGUUCUGUUGGCGGCAAGAACGGUAUCAACGUUGCCGCUCGCGGAUACUAA